AUGAGUCUGUCAAGGGAAGAGGUCGCAAGACGUGUCAGUGAGCGCAAAGCCACUAAUAUUGAUCGCCGCACAUGCCACCGUGUGGUUCCCAUGGAGGUGCUGAACCUUGCGAUCCGCCAAGCGCUCUUUGAGCUCGGAUACUUCGAUGUCUACCACAUGGCUUCGCCUUUGGAGGAGAAUCGCCCAGAUGCCAACAUGUGGGUUGAAGCAUUUGACGCCAAGUACGAAGGCAAGGGAAAAUUCACAAGGGAGGACUGGGAUCAGCUCCUCGGUCACUGUAUGGCCGUGACCGACUACCCGGCUUCAGCAUUCGCGCCCGAGCUGAUCGCAGCCUACCCGGAAGCAAAGGUGGUCUUGUCUCUCCGCGACAACGCAGACGUCUGGCACAAAUCAUACAUGCCAUCUUUCGUGAAGAUGGGCAAGCAACUUUACAAGUACGCCUACGAAGACGACUUUCCGCGCACUGGAAAACAGGUGUACGAGGAUCACAUCGAAGAACUGCGUCGCCUUGUCCCUCCCGAGAACUUGUUGGAAUACAACGUCAAGCAGGGCUGGGCUCCUCUGUGCGAAUUCCUGGGCAAACCGAUUCCAGAUCACCCAUUCCCUCGUGUCAACGACACCAAAGAGUUUUUGAGCAAGAUGGAGCAACGCACUGCGAAGGUGAAAGGAGUCCUACGGAUGGUUUCUAGUGUGGCGUCGCUGCUGGCCAUUUCUCGGGCUGCACCUCAUGGCCACGCCGAAGCACCCAAUGUCUGGCACUGGCGCAAUUCCUCCAACACCUUCAGUAUUGAAACCGACUACUACAAUGAGGCACCUGUUACAGGCCGGACAGUGACAAUCAGCAAUGGUACGGUAUCACCGGAUGGCGUCGAGCGAUCUGCUCUUUUGGUGAAUGGCGUCACGCCUGGGCCUGUCAUAAGAGCAAACUGGGGUGACUGGAUCGUCGUUCACGUUCAGAACAACUUGAAGGACCAGGGAACAGGUAUCCACUUCCACGGCAUAAGACAGAACCAAACCAAUCCCAUGGAUGGCGUGGCUUCUAUCACCGAAUGUCCCAUCGCACCGGGCGACUCGUUCGUCUAUAAAUGGAGAGCUACACAGUACGGCACGUCUUGGUACCAUUCUCAUUACUCGCUGCAACAAUGGGAUGGUGUCUACGGCGGUAUCAUCAUAGAUGGACCUUCGAGCAUGGAAUCCGACGUUGACGCCGGCAUGGUAUUUCUGACUGAUUGGGGACACCAAACAGUCAGCAGCCUGCUUAGUAAGGCCGAAUCGUCUCCAGAACCUGUGAAGCUCGAGAAUGGUCUGAUCAACGGCCUCAAUACGCACGAUUUCUUCGUCCUCGCAUCCGUCAGCACGGCCAAUUAUACCGUUGGCGAUGUGGCCAAUUUCGUCACGACCAACCCUCCCAGAAGAGACACCAUCAUGCUUCCGGCGAGCGGGUAUAUCGCCUUGGCCUUCAAAACAGACAAUCCAGGUAUGAGGACUUCCUGA